AUGGCCCUGCAUGGUGUGGCAUGUCCCCCCUAUCAUCUUGGGAACUGUGACGUGGCCAUCCUCUACUGCCUGUGCCGCAAGUACAGCGCACCAACACACUGGUACCCACCAGACCUGCACACACGUGCCCAUGUGGAGGAGUUCAUGGCUUGGCAACACACGGCCUUUCAGCUGCCCAUGAAGAAGAUAGUCUGGCUCAAGUUGCUGAUAACAGGGGAGGAAGUUUCAGCUGAGAAGAUGGAGCAUGCAGUGGAAGAGGUGAAGAGCAGCCUGCAGCUCUUCAAGGAGAAGUUUCUGCAGGAUAAGAUGUUCAUCACCGGGAACCAAAUCUCACUGGCUGACUUGGUGGCCGUGGUGGAGAUGAUGCAGCCCAUGGCAGCCAACUAUAAUGUCUUCCUCAACAGCUCCAAGCUAGCUGAGUGGCGUAUGCGGGUGGAGCUGAAUAUCGGCUCUGGCCUCUUUAGGGAGGCCCAUGAUCGACUAAUGCAGUUGGCCGACUGGGAUUUUUCAACAUUGGAUUCAAUGGUCAAGGAGAAUAUUUCUGAGUUGCUGAAGAAGAGCCGGUGA